AUGCCUAUAACCGAACUAGUGGCCAAGGCCCGUGCGUUGUUGCAGUCGUCGCGAGCGGAGGCGGCGUUGACGCUUCUUCAGGCAAAUUUUGAGCCCUAUACCGAAGACGUUCAGUUCCUCCAGAUCUUCGGAGAGACUUUGUUGGAGAACAACGACGUGGAAAAUGCCUACGAAGUGUUGACCAAGGCCUGUUCCAGCGAUCCCAAGGCAGAUGCUGGUGUGGAGAAGUUCUUCUACCUUGGUCAGAUCAUAGGUGGCCAGGACGGGUUGGCGUUGCUCGAUAUUGGGUUGAAUAAAUUGAACAGUCAUCUCGAUAAGCCUGAAUUGACCAAAUACGUGAUCAAGAAGUUGAACCAGGGUAUCUUUGCCAAAAUCGAGAUCUGGAUGACCGAUUUGUGUAUGGAAGAAGAGGCCGAGUCCAAGUGUGACGAGUUGAUCAACUACUCGUUGAGCUUGGAUGCCCAGAACCCCGAGGCAUUGAGUUUGUUAGCAUCCAUUAGAAUCUCCCAGCAAAGACCUGACGAGGCCAGACAAGCAUUAUCACAAUCAUGGGCUAUUUUCAAGCAGAAGAAGAUCACGCUUGAAGAGUCCGCCAACAAGAUCAGAGACAGUGGAGAUUCCGAAGAAUCCGACUCGUUUGAAGUCGGUUUGGAGUAUAUCGAGUUGAUCCAGCCUUUGUUGACCUUGGCCAGAUUUGCCAUUGAAAUGGAGCUCUACGACACCACCAUAGAAAUUGCUUCCAGCAUCCAGGAUGUGAACGAGAGCAUUCUAGAACCAUACUACUACGAAGCCUUGGCUGGCUUGUUCAAUGCUAAGAAGUUGUACGUCGAAACCUCCAAAGAACAAUUGGAAGAUUACAGAGACCUCGAAAUUGCCCUUUUGAAGAAAUCCACUAACGACGAGAUCAAGGCCCUGCUUGCCGAAGCCAAGAGCACCUUGACUCUGGCCUACAAAAUCAUCAAUAGCGAGGGUGAAAACGACCCAGAGGUGGUGGAGCAAGUUCAAAUUCUCUUGGAAGAAUUGGGAGGUCCAGUGAUGAGCGAGUUAAUGCCCCAAAGAGUUGACGAAGAGGGCUGGGAAGAUGAAAUCGAGAGUGAGGGCGAAUAA